AGCCGAGUUCCUAGUGUGAAUGUUGAUAUUUAUAGCAACAUUUUUGUUGUUCGAUAUAAUCUUCGGCAGUUGGCAGCGCUGAAUCUAAGUUGCUGCAAAACCAUAACACAAAUGAUGUUAAGUGCGAUUAUUUACAUCAGCCAUUUCUGCUAGCUAUGAUCAUCAACAGUUGGCAACGCUGAAUAUCAGUUACUGUUAAUUGCAAUUGUUUUCUUACAUUAAACCGCAAAAACCUGCUUCUGAAAAUUCACUGAGCAUUUUAAUUCAUGAAAUUUAUUGUUAAACUCAGUUGUUAAUUAGCGCAGACAUGUCGGAGCAAUUGGAUAUUAACUGUGAUUCACUUAUUGAGAUAGCGCCCAGUGAAUGGUGCAUUUUACUCAAUCUCUAUGCGAACAAAAAAACGGAAUCUUCUGGAUAUCCGUUAAUAAGCAAUUACAUCAAAUGGCAGGGCAAAGAACCCGAUUUGGAUAUUCAAUGUUUAUCACUAAACGGGGACUGGCAAACCGACGGCACUUUUCUAAUGAUUGUUGGCAAUGGAAGCCAGCGAAAAAUGGUGUUCUUUAAUACCCUCAGCGAAAGCCUAGAGCGUUUGACCAAGGCGCUGCUCUGUUUGCCAUCUGGAGCUGUGGAAUAUCUACUCCAUGAUUAUAGCCAGCGUCUUGUGCCCGCGGUCGAUGCCUACAUCAGAAAAUGUGCCAACCGACAGCUGCAAACAACGCAAACAGCUUGGUAUAAAGCCAGCAAAGAGCUUGUUGCUACCUUCUCAACGGAGCCACCUGCUGGAAUCCAGUUGCGCAGCUUGAAUACUGCCGAUGCUGCCAUUGUAAAUGGGAACUGGCCCUAUGGCUCCAAGGAUUCUGUGCAGUUUGUCAAGCGUCUGAUAGAGUACAAUGUUUCAAUUGGUGCCUAUGAUGCCUAUGGAAAAUUGUUAGCCUGGUGCUUAAGAUUGCCAAUUGGUGCGCUGGGCUUGCUGCAAGUCAUGGACUCUCACAGGCGUCUCGGCUUGGGCAGCUUGAUGGUGCGCGUUUUAUCGAGCAAAAUUUCUGAAUUGGGCGACGAGGUCUUGGCACCUGUUGUCACGGAAAACACGCCGUCGCGGAGAUUGUUUGAGAAGCUAGGCUUUCAGAAAAUCGACAACGUCUACUGGACUGGCUAGAAAGUUAUAGUUGCCUUCACAUAAGCGGAUAAACAACAGACUAAAAAAUAAAACUGUGAAUACGCACCUGCAAUAUGGAAAGAGAA